AACCAGAGCCAGAGCCAGUUGCAGUGACCGGUUUCCGCGAAGUGCGAAGUCGGCGGCUCUGAACCUCUCCUAAUCGUCAGCCAAUUAACAGGCUCAAGGUGAUGGCUACAAUGCAGCAAUAUGCACCUUUACGCGAGAGAGUGUAUAUUGGCUAUGUGGGUCCAUCUGUUUCCGACCACGAUGAGAGCCUUCUUCCUUCAAGGCCUUGCACUUAUAAGGGGUGGACGCAGGAAAGCAUGACAUCAGCAAUAAAAGCAGUCGUUGACGACGGUAUGAGCGUCAGGGGAGCUGCUGAGUAUUAUGGGGUGCCAAAGAGCACACUUGGCGAUCGUAUAAGUGGCCGUGUUCUCCCGGGAGCCAAAAGUGGCCCAAACACCUACCUGAGUUCUGAAGAGGAAAAAGAGCUAGUAAAUUUUCUUUGCCGCACAGCCCUUGUUGGACGUGCACGGACUCGGAAAGAAGUGUUAGCCAUUGUCAAUCGCAUACUGUCUUCUCGGGGCAAGAAUAAAGAUGUGUCUCCUGGUUGGUGGGCUGCAUUUGUAGCGCGCCAUCCAAUGCUUACGUUGCGUACUCCUGCCACACUC